UCUGUUCUGCACUCUAUGAAUCUUACCUCCCAUCACCCCAGCACAGGUCAGCCAGGUCGCAGCCCAGCCCACGCCUUCGUCAGCGACAAUGCCCGAGCCUGUCUCCGACACUCACUCUCCAUCUCAGGACGGCCAUGCCGAAGCCUCCGACGGCAGCGCUCAGCCCGCUGCAAAAAGGCGCCGCAAUGCCGGCCGUGGUGGCUCGUCAUCGCGAGGCGUCGCUAAUCUUACUCCAGAGCAAUUGGCCCGAAAACGCGCAAACGACCGAGAAGCGCAGCGUGCUAUCCGUGAGAGGACCAAGCAGCAGAUCGACCUCUUGAACCAGCGCAUCCGUGGCCUCGAGAGCCAGCAGCCCUACCAUGACCUCCAGGUCGAAAUCAGGGAGAAAAAUGCCAUCAUCGUCGAAAUGGCCGACAUGAGGAAGCGUGUGGAGAGCAUCCUGCAUAUCAUCCAGCCCAUACUUCACCCAUCCGGAGGUCUGAACGAGCUUGCUGCUGCUGCAGAGCGUUCGCCCCUGCCUGCUGUCCCACCCACUGACCCCCGCCUUCUCAAUGCCACCCUGGGUGAGAUGGCCGCGGAGCCUCACAGUGGCAUCCAUUCACUAGUAAACUCAGAAGCACGCCGACCAUGGGGCUUCGUAGGAGAUGCUGCUCACCUCAACAACAACAACAACAAUCAUGGUCGCUCGUGGCCGGGAGAUAGCCCCCACAAUCGCGUCUCCACUGGUGGCCCGCCUGAGACGCCCUUCGACGAGAGAAUGGGGGUAGACUUUCUUCUCGAGAAUAACGCAUCUCGUCGGCCAGUUGAUCCCAGCCUGACCGCGACGUCAACACAGACAGUCGCUAUCUGUGGGAAUGGCAUUGGCCAGCAUGCUCCUUUACUAUCGCCUUACUCUACACUUCCGCGCUAUGUUCAGCCGACUUGUCCCCUCGAUGCGCUGUUGCUAGAUUUCCUGUCAGAGCGACGUUCGCAUGCGGCCGCAGGCGCUACCCUAAAGGAACUGGCAGGACCUCCAUACCCCAACUUCACUGUUGUUGUGUAUCCCGAGCGCAAAAUGGAAUCCCAUCCGCUGUCUAAGUUACAUACCGACAUUCUGCAGACAUUCCCCGACAUCCAGGGUCUCCCCGAGAAGGUGGCUAUAAUCUACAUCAUGUUCUUGGUCAUGCGCUGGUUGGUGGACCCGACUCAAGAAAACUACGAUAGAAUGCCCGAAUGGGUCACGCCGCGGCCAUCGCAGCUAUUCAAAGAUCAUCCAUUCUGGUACGACUACAUCCCGUGGCCUCGAAUGCGAGAUACCUUCAUCUCCCAACCAGCCAUCGUCGACUUCGACACCUUCUUCAUCCCCUUCACAACCACCAUAUCCAUCAAUUGGCCACACAAUCCCCGCGACGUGCUCAUUCCCGCCUCCAAAGCACACACUCUUUCUACCGCGGCAUCAAGUCCAUACUCUAGCACGGACUCACCUGCUGGCUACCCUCCCUCUCACACUCCCAACCUCUUCGCUACCCCCGUUAUCCCCCACGAUGACGAACAGUGGAUCAUGAACCCGACUUUCGAAGCACACCUGCGAAACAUCAACAACUGGAGUUUGGGCCCUGCAUUCCAUGCUGUGUUCCCGAACGCGGUGGCUGGGGUGCGACUUGAAGAUUAUGAAGAUCGAUAG